UGUUAUGGCACUUACGGCCAAAUUUGCUCAGUUGUUCUGAAACUAUGUGUCGCGUCGGUUCAUAUUCCAACAUGGAGUUUAUACUGUUGUUAUCUAUCCUGAGUUUAUCUCUGGCGCUACCUAGUCAAGUUUCAGAUCCUCCAGCAAGACCCAACUGCAUCAAAAUGUCACCAGAGAAGGAACAACAAAUCGAUCAGAUAGUCGCAAAACUGGAACAAUUCCUCAACAAUCUGACCAUAGAGCACGAACACUUCGACAUCCGUCUCCUCAAGCUAUCCAUAGAGCAGCAUACCGAGGACGAGGAAGAGAAAGAGACAGUGCUACAGCUCUCUGUCAACGACUGUCAAUUGUCAGAUGACGAUUUAGAAGAGAUUGAUCAUCACAGAGAAAAAGCGAAGCUAGAGAGAGAAAAAGAAGCUGUAAAAGAAAAAGCUAGGAAAGAAAAAGAAGCGGAAUUGAAAAAGGAACAGCAAUCUGAUAAUAGUAAGAAACAAGAUCACAAUUUGAAUAACGUACAUGAAAACAAAAAUAAAUCUGAUAAUAAUAAGAAACAAGACCAAAUUCCGAGUAAAAAAAUAGAACAAGAAAACAAUAAAAACUCGCAAGCUCAUGAAGCAACAGAAAUAGAUACAGAACAAGUAAAUCAAGUUAAUCAAGGCAGCGUUAAUAAACCCGAAGCCGGUGAACAAAAACAUGGCAAUUUAAAGAAUAACGGUAUAGUAAAACAAGAAAAUCAGGUAGCUAAGGCAGAAGCUAAUGAUCAGGAAGAUGAUAAAUUUAAGAAUAAAGAUAGAGACCUAGAAAAUAAUGGCAAAGAAGAAGAGCAAUUAAAUAAUAUUGAUAAAGAAGUACGGCCUGAGGUUAUUCAUUUAGAUUUGGACGAUAAUGGGCAGAAGAUUGUGGAAGCUUUGGGCAGAAAGGAAAAAGAUCCGAUAAUCGUUUACGUACAGAAGCGUAACUCAGGACAAUCCGAGUACUGGUUUCCUAAAAGGAGAUAGUGACGUCUUUAAACCCAAUGUCUGUUAGUUAAUUAUUUAAAUAUUAUACAGAAUACAUUUUUAUUGGUAAAAUAAAAGUACAUAUAGUAUGGGACAUAUAACAGAGACAUAUAAUAAUCAUAAUCAUAAUAAUCAUUUAUUAAUAAUAUAAAAUUACAAGUCAAUAGGUACUAUAAUAUGUAGGUAUUAUACAAUAUUAUUCGUAUUCUAUGACAUGGGUUUACUUAUAAAAAGCUCUUUGUGGUCAUAGAACGUCUGCUCGAGGAGCCAUUGUCUGAGUUUAGUUUUAAACAUUGACGCACUUUUUGCAGUAACAAUUUCACGCGGAAGGCAAUUAUACACUUUUCGACCCAUAACAUGUGCUAGCUUUUUAGUUUUCGCAAUAAUAUAUAUAAAGGUCAAAAAUUCAAAAUAACUUAGGUUUAACACUGAUUUAAACUUUCACGAUUUUUACUCAUUAUUUAGCAGAACGGGACUUAACGUCGGAGGUUUUAAAAACUUAAUUACACGCGACUAAGUCCUGCUCUGCUAAAUAAUAACCCAGGUAGCAUUUAUACGUCAUUGUGACGUCCGUUACGUCAGUAUGACAUAUAAGUGACGUCAUUAUGACGUCGCUGACGUCACUUUGCUACCAGGGAACUUAAGUUUAUAUAAAAUUGUUUAUUUAGAUGUAUUUUAAUUUAGAUGUUUUUAAUUUUAUUAUAAGUUGUUUUAA